AUGCUCAGUCCCCUCGACGUCCCCAACAAAGGCCCGCUGUUCGUGCGCGUAACGGCCAUCUUAACCGCCAUCGCGUUCGUGCUGGCCGCGUACCGGCUGUUCUGGAAGGUGUAUAUGAAGACGAAUAUCGCGACGGAUGAUAUAAUUAUUUCGUUUUCGAUGGCGAUUCAGAUCGUGAAUACGGUGAUGGGGGAUAUGGCAUGUCACUACGGCUUUGGCAGGCAUAAGAAGGACAUUGUGAGGACAGGCGGAAACGUGAUUCUCACGCUGAAGUACUUCUGGCUCUUCCAAAUCCUCUACAAACUAGUCCUCUGUCUGAACAAACUCUCCUUCCUCGCCUUCUACCUCCGACUCUUCCCCACCAAAAAAUUCCGCCUCAUCUGCUGGAUCACCAUCUCACUCGUCCUCUGCAGCACAUUCGGCUUCGUGAUCGCGACGAUCUUCCAGUGCAUCCCGGUGCGCGCCAGCUGGAUCAAGUCCCUCCCGAAGCACUGCGUCAACAACUCCAGCUUCCGAUGGUCGUGGGCGGGCUACAACACGAUCAUGGAUAUCUGGGUGUGUCUGAUGCCGUUGCCCGUGCUGGCGCAGCUGCAGCUGGACCGGCCGCGGAAAGUGGGCGUGAUGUUGGUGUUUUGCAUGGGGCUGUUUGUGUGCGUGACGAGUGUGAUUCGGAUGUGGGCGAUGGUGGAGAGUACGAAGACGGAGGAUCCGACGUGGGGGAGCUUCGAUGCGUUGCUGUGGAGUGCCAUUGAGGCGAGUACGGGCAUUAUUUGCGCGUGUUUGCCUUUCCUGAAGCAUCCGAUUCAGAGGCUCCUCCCCAGUUUGUUUGGGAGUUUGUCGUCUGGGGUGAGGAGUCGCAGUCGCAGUCGUACGAAGAAGAGUUAUCGGAUGAGUCGGUUGGGGUCGCAGUCGGGGACGAGGACGAUUGGCGGGACUGGGAGGAUGGGGAGUGGUUGGAGGGAGGGGAGAGAUGAGGAGGAGGAUGAUGAUGGCGAGGAUUUGGAUGGUGAUGCUGAGAGUAUGGGUAGCCAGGGGCCCAUUGCGAAGAACCAGAUCCUCAUGAAGACGGAUAUCGCCAUGCAUAGCGAGCCAGCGUUCAAGUGA